AUGAAUGGUACUGCAGGAAAUCCACUAACUCUGCAGUGUCCUUAUCCUCCACAACACUGGGAUAACAGGAAGUUCCUAUGUAAGGGAGACCACCGCAACAAAUGCACAGACAUGGUGACGAGUCGAAGCAGGUUCACACUGCAAGAUGAUGCUGCUUCCAGCUCUUUCACAGUGAGGAUCACAGAGCUGAAAGUAGCUGAUACUGGGAUAUACUGGUGUGGGUCAGACUCACUGUGGGGAGUUGGAAAUUACAUCAAGAUUGAGCAGUCAGUCUUUUUGCAGCACACCAGAAAAAUCCCAGAUGCAGCACUCUAUGUGGUUUACACUGUACCUCCUGUCCUGCUACUGAUGUGUCUCCUAGUUACGAUUUAUAAGAACAGAUGCUCAAGAGUUAAUGAAGCCGAUGACACCAUGAGCAGAAAUACACCCAAGGGAAAAAACAUAGAGGAAGUGAUGGGGGCUGCAGAAAGUGGAAUUUAUAAAAAUCAAGAAGUUGUGAUGACAUACGUACAGCAAAAAGUCUGCAAAGAUGGAGGUGGAGAGGAAGGCGUCUAUGAAAUCAUGACCGCAAACGCAACAGAAGACAUCUACUGUAAUGAAAAUUUCCAUAAAGCCAACAGAAGAUAAAAGAGUUUGUAUCUGUGAUCCAUAUCUUUUCUUUCAUUAAUAUUGCUUAAAGUGUUCAUAAAAAUAUUUGCUCUUUUUCUAUAAACUGUGGAAACCCCUAAAUUUAAAUGAUCAACAUGAGUGUAACGUGAAAAAAAUCAUUUUCUGGUCACAAUAUGUCAGUUUGUGGUUGGUUGGUUUGU